AAUGACAACAAGAUGUGCACACUGAGCUUGAAACUUUGAGAGAUACGAUCGUCUUACAUAAUUCUAGGUCAUGAAUUUCGCCGGCAAAGUUGUUCUUAUUACCGGGGCCAGCUCCGGGAUCGGGGCUGCCACCGCCGUGAGGUUCGCCAAGCUAGGAGCCUGCUUGGCCCUAAAUGGCCGCAAUGUUGAAAACCUAAAGAAGGUGGCCGAGGAAUGCGGCAAGGUGAGUGAUUCGCUUCCAGCCUUGGUGGUGGGCGACAUCGCCAAUGAGGAGGACACAAAGAGAAUUUGGAUGGAGACCCUUGAAAAGUACGGCAAGCUAAACGUGCUGGUUAACAAUGCUGGGAUCAUAGAGACGGGAACCAUCGAAACGACCAGCCUGGAACAAUAUGACCGAGUGAUGAACACUAAUUUGAGGGCCAUUUAUCACCUAACCAUGCUGGCCACCCCGGAGUUGAUCAAGACUAAGGGCAACAUCGUGAAUGUUUCGAGCGUCAACGGGAUCCGCUCCUUUCCCGGCGUCCUUGCAUACAACAUCUCAAAAAUGGGCGUCGAUCAGUUCACGCGUUGCGUGGCUCUGGAGCUAGCGGCCAAGGGAGUGCGCGUGAACUGCGUGAACCCCGGCGUAACGGUGACAAAUCUCCAUGCCCGCGGCGGCAUGGAUCCCGAGACGUACAAGAAGUUCUUGGAGCACUCAAAAACUACUCAUGCCCUCGGUCGUCCUGGCGAUGUCAAUGAGGUAGCGGCCGCAAUUACGUUUCUCGCCAGCGACGAGGCUAGCUUCAGCACAGGUGUCAGUCUCCCCGUCGACGGAGGUCGCCAUGCAAUGUGCCCGCGCUAAUAAUUCUGAUUCCUAUACGAAUGAAGGACUCGUCUAACUUGGAUUUUUCCAUGUGUAAAUGCAUUUAUUACAAUGUUUUGUACUGUUUUUC